UGCCAGCAAGGCGGCCCUGAUGCUCGAGUCGCACUGUAUCAGCUGCAGAUUUCUUUCCAGCCGUUUCGGCCGCCCGUAGUCGUGCGUCACAACGCAACGGGACUGGCUCCCGAAUAAACGGGGCCCGUACGACCUGCUCAGAGUCCCGCCCACAGAUUCAGCACCUCGGACAGCAGGCGCUACGGUGCCAGCACGGGCGCAGGGGAGCCUCAUGCUGAACGACAAUGCCGCUGCCUUGGCGGCGGUGGCCUGCGUCUCAACUUGACGAGGAGCUCAGCCAGUUGUGGAAGCUUCGCGGGCCCAGCAGUCUCGUCUAAGGUCAAGAUUCGCGGAAAUGAAAGGCGAAAUAUCCCUUUGAAGGAGAGAGAAUUGUGUGCGCGGAGAGGUCAUCGGUGCUGCCCAGUCUAGGGGCGGCGGGCGGGGGGGGGCAUAAACCCGUGGCGCAAAGGGAAUCGAGACACAUCUCAGAGUGGCGCUGCGAAACCCACCGAUGAACGAGCGCGACGCCAUGGGCUCUCGGCCCGCCGGCGAGCGGCCAGGCAAGGCCCCCACCUACACGGGCGACAAGAAAGCCAAACUCGCCGCCAAGACGAAUCGCAAGUGGGUGCGGCUGGCGACGGUUUUCGCCUACGUCCUCUCCGUCUCGUCGGCUGCGAUCGUGCUGGCCGUUUACUACUGCAUCUUCUGGAAGCCCGUCAACGUCCCGGCGGACGGGGCGGUCGUCCCCAAAGCCACCGCGGCGGCACCGGUCGGCGUCGUGAGCACCGUCCUGCCGAGCGCGCCGGUCACCGACGGUCGCGGGGAGACGUCCCGCGCCGCGCCGCCGGUAGUCGGCCCGCCCAGCGCCGCAGAGACGUCCGCCGGGACUCGAACGGAGCGCCGGCACUUGCACGGCGAGGACACGGAAGCAAGGUCUGAUCACUUCGGAAAGAGCACCCUCUUGGAUUACUACACGUCUCCGUUGCCCUUGGAGGACGCGGCCGCAGAGCAGCGUUACAGCACGGAGCCGCAUUGGUCAAGUGGGAAGAAGAACGACUAUAAUUAAACAACACACCUGGGCUAACACAAAGACUACGUUUGGCUUCUAUCUUGGUUUGGGCCAAUGCUUCGCGUUGCCUGUAGCUCAACGACAUAUCUAGAAAUGUCGGCAUGGUGUGCGCUACAUUUAACACGGUGUUACCCAUAACGUCAGCGUACAACGAUGCUUCGCUUGAUUUUUUGUUCCUGGUAAGCAAAAGGGCCCCCAUCACAUGGCUUUGGUGAGCCCGUGAUCUCAUGUCACAGGUACAAACACGGCGCAGACACACGCCAGAGUGCGGGGGCCAUCUGCGGCAACCGGGUUGUGGAUGUGCUCUAAGCGCAUGUGGAAGUGCUUUCUCAAGUAGAAACCCAUAACCUGGGAGUGGGCGCGGCAAAAUGCGUGAUCAUUAAAAAGGGCAAAAUAUUUACUGUUACUUUUUUAAAAUGUGUAUGUCUAGAAAACAACCUGAAGAAAACAUUUUCAAUAACUUUAGUAGAUGAAUGUCACUCGUUUGUCCUUGCUUCCUUUACCAAGUAACAACGUGUUUCCCCUGUCUGCGUUUCACAAGUUUACCAAACAACACAACACUUUGAAUGUCGAUCAUCGUGUUCGAGUUCUCCUGCCUGUCUCACAAGCCUCUCCAGAAAGCGACUCAUGAUAAACAGUCAAAUCAAGAUGUCAUUGGUCAUUGGGAUAUGGGAGCAAACAUCUCGAAAAUAACGUAAGGUUUUCUUCAAUAAAAUGUAUGUAACAAAGAUACACUUAAAACGUUUGUCCAAAUAUAAAUAUAUAGAGUUGUGGUUGUGUGCAAUACAUGACCUGGAAUGCAUUGUUAUGGGACCUGAAUUGUCAAAAAGUCAUUAAAACUAAAAAUAGCUUCAAGCCACAAGGAAGUGUGUUGAAGACAUCUAAGCAAAGACCCGACUGGAUGACGUAAUGUAGCAAAACAGUGUUAAUGAUGGUAACCGGGUAUGUCCUUCAUGAACGGGAAAUAAAAGAUGAACCACAGUGCGAGUGUGGCCAUGCAACCGAAACUAUGGGCCAUAUAGAAACCCACAGUAUUUACACCAUUGGAACCUCAUUUGCCAAUAAAAAAUAUGAUAAUUAUUUUUUUACCCUUUUAUCUGGCAACAAAACUGACACCUUUUUUUACAAGGAGUAAUGUUUACAUAGA